CCUCCUCCACUGAGUCCUGCAGUUUCCACAGGGUGAAGACUGGGCUGAAAGCCUGACCAGGAACCAGGUUCAGACUCUGAAGUGGCUAGCGAGCCCCUCCAGCCCAGCACACCCUUGGCGUCGGGCUCAGAGAACAAUACCCCCUUCAAAUUGGACAGACUUUCUGAAGACACAGAAAUCCUCCCAUUGGCCGUUCCCCUGGGCUCCUGUGUCAGAUGAGCAAGGAGACCACCACCAGGAUCUUUCUAGAAGUAGUGGGCACUCUUCCUUUUUAUUCCAUGAUUUCCUGUUGCCCUUGUCAGGAGACUGCAGCUUUGAAGCUUUCGCUCCUGCCCAGCCCUGCCCUGUCCUGCCUCCUGCCAACCUGCUCAUCCAAAAAUGGUGCUUAUACCUUGCUGCCGAAGGCUGUCAAGGAGUGGACUGAAGAUGCCCUGGUGAGACCGGCCAUCCGGGGAGAAGGAAGGUGCACUACUUGUUCCCAGAUGGGAAGGAAAUGGCCGAAGAAUAUGAUGAGAAGACAGGUGAACUACUUGUGAGAAAGUGGCGUUUGAAAAGUGCCCUUGGAGCCUUGGGCCAGUGGCAGAUUGAGGUGGGAGAGCCAGCACCCCCAGGAGCAGGGAGCCUGGGGCCUGAACUCAUCAAGGAGAGCAAUGCCAAUCCCAUCUUCAUGCGGAAGGAUACCAAAAUGAGUUUCCAGUGGCGGAUUCGAAAUCUCCCCUACCCUAAGGAUGUCUAUAGUGUCUGUGUGGACCAGACAGAGCGCUGUGUUGUUGUCAGAACCACCAACAAAAAGUACUAUAAGAAGUUCUCCAUUCCUGACCUAGACAGAUACCAGCUGCCUCUGGAUGCUUCCCUGCUGAGCUUUGCUCAUGCCAACUGCACCCUGAUCAUCUCUUACCAAAAGCCAAAGGAGGUCCUGUUAGCAGAAUCAGAACUGCAGAAGGAGCUAAAGAAGGUGAAGACGGCCCAUAGCAGUGAUGGGGACUGCAAGACCCAGUAGUGAGCACCCCCACCAUGAAGGAUGUGCACCCCCAGCUAGAGGACGGUGAGGCUCUUCCAGUGCACCCAUGAGACCUCAGGGCCUAGGUGUUUCCAUGCAGGGGCAGCCUCUUCUCUCCCAGGAGCUAUCAGACUCUGUAAGAACCGGGCCUCGGGGCAUCCUGAGCGCAUCUGCUGAGUAAAGUCACUCUGAGUCGCUGUGGGUAGACUGCCCUCUUGUCCACUUCUGUAUGCUCCUGUCCCCAGAUGGGGGGCUAUACAUUCCCUUCUCCUCCAGCCGGAGGACCUUCAACCUAAAGUCUUCUGCAUGAAGGAGGCAUGAGCCUUCAAUGGAGGCCAAGGCUAGGCUGGCAGGGACCCUGUGCUACCCUAGUUUGCAGAAGUGGACGCCCUAAGAUAGAUGUAGGAGAGGAAGACAUUUUUAAAAUACAUAAGCCUUGGAAACAGAGCCCCGGAUAUUGAGACAUUGGUGAAAAGCCACAAUUAGGGUGGUGGGGGUGUGCAUGCUGGACAUAGCGUGUGCAGAUGGAGAGCACUGGGCGCCCUCAGCCCAUCCACAGUUCCCUCUCCACACCUACAGGUGACACCUACCCCAGCAUCCAGGGUGCCAGGAGACCAGGGGUCUCCAUAGAGGUCUUCCUGAAGAGAAACCUUUAUUCUUUGGAGCACUGAGCCCUAUUCCCAGCAUGCACAUCCCCAAGUUUGAAUCUGUUGUUCCCUCAACCUGGGGUCUUCCAGGACUCCACAGCCAAUGAGGAAACAGAUCUGUGAAUAAUCAAGCUUUACUUUUUACAAAAGUGAACACUGUAGCAUGUUUUAAGAGCCAACCUGAAGUUGGGUUGGCUCAGAACUGCUGGGUUCCCUUUGUCCUCUCUCGGUUUCAAAUCAAGAGGAGGCCAGUGUCCCAGCAGGGAGAGCUUGG